CUCCCCUCGCCUUUCGUCUUUCGUUCCCCGGCAAUCAACAUGGUGGGCUUUGGAGCCAUUGCCGCCGUGGCUUUCGCUGCGACUGCGCUCGCGGCGCCGACCAAGCAGAACAAGAGACAAGCUCCCGAAGGGGUCCCAGACUAUGUUCUGAAAUACGCCCCCAUUGUCUACCUGCACUCGCAAGACCCUUACCUCCCGUCUGAUUUCCAAACCCAUCUCUCGCACUCGUCUCCCAAAGUAAACUUCAACACGGUAUCCGGACCCUCCCCUCUGAACCUCGACAACCUCUCCGAGCUCGGCAGCGACGUCUACCUGACGUCCAACGACGACGUAACCACCAACCCAGACUGGAUCAAGGGCAUCCGCCCGGACAGCAGCGGCAAAACAAACGACGGCAUCACCACCGCCGUCGUCGUCAACGACAAGGGCAACGGCAACGUCGACGCCUUCUACUUCUACUUCUACACCUACAACUGGGGGGGACUGGUAGCGGGCAUCAAAGACCUCAACUUCGGCAACCACGUCGGCGACUGGGAGCACAACAUGAUCCGCUUCUCCAACGGCGCCCCGCAGUCCGUCUGGUACUCGCAGCACGCAAACGGCCAGGCCUUCAAGUACUCGGUCACGGAGAAACACUCAGACUCGCUCCGCCCCAUCGCGUACUCGGCGAACGGCUCCCACGCCCACUACGCUAUCGGCGGCACCCACGACCACACCAUCCCAAACUUCAACCUCCCCUUUGGCGUCCUCGAAGAUAAGACCGAGCGUGGUAUCCUCUACGACCCGCUCCUCGCUGCUUACUACUACAAGUUCGACGCUGCCAGCAAUACCUUUUCCGCCUACGAAGAGGGUACCCCGACGGCCUAUCUCGAUUUCGCAGGUCGGUGGGGCGACCAGGAGUAUCCUACUUCGGAUCCUCGCCAGGUUAAAGUCUUUGGGCAGGCCAAGUUCUCGAGUGGGCCUACGGGUCCCAGGGAUAAGCAGUUGAAUCGCGCCAAUGUGUGUCCCGAUAACGGGAACGAGUGUAUUCUGAGGGGGAUCCUUGUGCCGAGGAGGGUCGAGGACGAUUCAACAAUAUUUGAAGGUGAUGAGGUGCUGAGGUGA